GACCACAAUGGAUGCGGCUGCUUCCAUUGGGCAGCAGGCAACGGCCACCUCCACGUGUUGCGGCUCCUGGCUCACUGGGCGGCGGAGACCAUGUCCGCCCUGGAGCCCCUGACGUGGAAUCAACGCACACCCUUCCACUACGCUGCGCGAAAUGGGCAGCUCGAGGUUUGCCAGUGGCUCCUUGAAGCCCGAUGUGAUGCCCAACGUCCAGCACGCGACGAGGUCUCCCCACUGCAGCUUGCAGUUUGGCAAAACCACCUGACAACGAGCCAGUGGUUUGUGCAGGAGGCCGGAGCCGAUGCUUUGCAACGAAACCGCUUCGGCUGCUCCGUGGCACAUUGGCUCUCGCAGGCACCGGCGGAGAGGGCGGGCCAGCCGCAAGGUGCAGCACUAAUCCCUUUGGCGCGUUGGCUUAAAGCUGUGGGCUGCGACUUCCGGGCCGUGCAGGAGCAUGGGCAUCACUGCUUGCACAAG